AAAAGGAAGACAAAGCUUUUAAGCAACUGAAUGCCUUUCUUUUUCUCUCACUCUCUAGAUUUUGUCAGAAUCUCUGACUAAUUUUCUCCUAAAUACUCGGAGAACACUGGAAUACCAGAAACAAUCGGAAUCUAAUGACAUUUCUCUCCUCAAAUUAAAGACCGAAGAUUCUGGUGAUGGAACUUCUCUCUUAUAAUUCUUCACCAUGCUGUCACGUUGUAGAUUUGAAUGGGAACUUGGUGGUUAAAAGCUCAAAAAAUUCUCAAUCCAAGCUUUCAACUUCCAGAAAAGCUAGGGUUUUUUGUGCUAAAGUUGAUUCUGGAAGUGGGUCUUUGAGAUUUUACAAAUUAGACAAGUUUUUGGGUAAAAACUCGGAUUCCCGGGAAGGUUUUGGGAGCUUUAAGCGUGUUGAUUCCAAGGUGCUCUUAAGUGGGAGCUAUGAUGGUUAUGUGAUUGGUGGGGAAGAUGAAGCAAGAGGGAUUUCAGAAAGAGGGAAAUCAGUGACUAAGGUUUUGAUCCCGGGUUUGCCUGACGAAUCGAAUGGUGAAUCAUCGGCCGAGAUCAGUAGUUGCUUCUGGGAAUGGAAGCCCAAAUUCAGUGUUCACUAUGAUAAAGCUGGGUGUGAAAAUGUGAGCUCUCCACCAGUGUUGUUUCUUCCUGGUUUUGGUGUUGGUUCUUUUCACUAUGAGAAGCAGUUGAAGGACUUAGGCCGCGAUUAUAGGGUGUGGGCAAUCGAUUUUCUCGGGCAAGGUUUGUCUUUGCCUUCUGAAGAUCCUGCUCCUCUGUCUAAGGAAGAAGGUGGGUCUAAGAGGGAAGGUUUCCCUUGGGGAUUUGGAGAUGAAACUGAGCCAUGGGCAAGUGAGCUGGUGUACUCUAUUGACUUGUGGAGGGAUCAAGUUCGGUAUUUCAUCGAACAGGUCAUUGGAGAACCAGUGUAUCUAAUAGGGAACUCACUGGGAGGAUAUGUUUCUUUGUAUUUUGCAGCAUGCAAUCCUCACCUGGUUAAGGGUGUUACAUUGCUCAAUGCAACCCCUUUCUGGGGAUUUCUCCCUAACCCAAUGCGAUCUCCACGAUUAGCUAAACUGUUCCCAUGGGCUGGAACAUUUCCUCUGCCUGCCCGCGUCAGAAAAAUUACAGAACUACUUUGGCAGAAAAUAAGCGACCCUAGUAGCAUCUCAGAGAUACUCAAGCAAGUGUAUGCAGACCAUUCAACAAAGGUUGAUAAAGUGUUUUUGCAUAUAUUAGAAACAACACAGCAUCCAGCCGCUGCUGCGUCAUUGGCCUCGAUUAUGUUUGCUCCUCAGGGACAACUAUCAUUUGGGGAGGCUUUAUCUAGAUGUCAAAUGAACAAUGUACCGAUCUGCCUCAUGUAUGGAAAAGAAGAUCCAUGGGUGAGGCCUGUUUGGGGCCUCCAGGUGAAACGACAAGUGCCAGAAGCUCCAUAUUAUGAGAUCAGCCCGGCUGGUCACUGCCCGCAUGAUGAAGUUCCUGAGGUUGUGAAUUUCUUGUUACGUGGAUGGAUCAAAAACCUAGAAUCAGAGGGUUCAGUUGCAUUGCCUCUGCUUGAUGACCCAGAAAGUACUACCCUCUCUAACAUUGCGAGGGACUUGGAAUUUCCCAGAGAUGGGUCGAAGAAAUCGGUGCAGGUCCGCUUCUUCGGCUCCAAGCUGUCACUUUGGAACUGGAUAACCUCUUAUCUUCAAGCUCACUUUGGGAAUCGAGAUUUAAAAUCUUGACAGAUACACCAACUAGGACUUUUCAGAACAGUGUAAAUUCUUAAGAUGUAUUAUAUAUCCUUCUAUUUGUUAAAAAUAUGAAUAAAAUUCACUAGUUCACAUAGUUUUAAAUGAAAAUAUCGUUUAUCCCAAUAGUUGCUUGGUGAGAUGUUCAACUAGGAAUUAAGCUCAAUUUAAGUGGUAAACGGAUGGAUAUUUGACAAAGGCUAACGCAAAUUUU